AUGCAUUGGUCUACCUACCUUGUUCUUCCCUUUUCCCUUUCAUUCGUGGUGGGAGCUGUUGCCUUCAAUGCAAGGGCGUAUACUAUCCAGUCUACCAGUUGCAAAGCUGUGGAUCGCGUCCUGGACGAAGAGGUCAAUAUUACCAUUGAUUAUGUAGACGUCAACCCGACUGCGGAGAAGAGCAUCAUCAUGGUCCACGGCUGGCCCAGUCUUUGGAGCUCCUGGGGGGACGAGUAUCGUAUGAUUGCUAUCGACGUCCGUGGUUUCGGGGGUUCAACACAUCCCGCUGAUGUACAGUCGUCCAGCACGUUGGCUGAUAUUACUGGCGAUCUCACUUGCGUUCUUGAACAUGUUGGCAUUCAAUCUGCUAUUUGUCUCGGUCAUGACUGGGGUGCUGAAGUCUGCUACGAGGCUGCGAGGAGACGACCUGAUAUCUUCUAUGCCUUGGUUGGCGUGACUGUUCCGUAUUUGCACGCUGCUGGCCCCUUUGCAGACAGCGCUCAGCUUGCAGCAGUCAUGCCCAAGUUAGCUUACCAAGUUUUCUUCGAGAACCACACAACAGAAGCUGUAGCUGAGCUGAACAAGGAUAUCAGGAGAAGCCUACGCGCUACGUUGCGCACAGUCAACAGCGCCCCUCCAGAUAGUUUCCUCACAAGCACCAGUAAUUAUCUCAGUGCAUAUGACAAUGUGACGGAGAUUCCUCCAAUCCCGUUCUUCACCUCCUCCGAUGAAGAGUAUUUUGUCGAACGGUUCAGUAUACAGAAAUUUGACCAUACUCUCAUAUUCUACACUCGCGGAAACCGCUAUGGAACAUGGGAAUCAACUCAAGCGCAAGGAAAUUACACCAUUCCCCAGCCCGUCUUAUCUGUUUUGCCUCUAAACGAUCCUGUUGCAGACUGGGUAUUCGCCGCCAAGUACUUGAAAUCCGCGGAGUUCCUGCCACGACUGACGACCAAGACAAUGGAAGGUGCCCACUGGCCCCACCUCGAGCACCCACAAGUAUUCAAUGGCCUUCUCAGAGCAUGGUUGGAGACCUUGAAUCAUUCCUUCACGCCAGACCAGCGAGUCCUCUCGGACGAAUUGUAA